AUGUCAGCGACAUCGUUGAUGGCGACUACGACUGGUCGUGAUGGUAGUAGUGAUGAUCCUCUCGGAGCCUAUCGUGGUGUGAGAGUUGAGUUGGAUGAGUUGAACCCUUCAUCAUCAACAUCCUCACGUGCAACAACAGGUCAUGGUGGUGGUUCUACGAAUCGCCAACCGCAACCAACACCACAACAACAAUACUAUCAUUCAACCCGAGAUCAUGAUGAUGGAGAUGAAAUGAUGAAUACAACCACUCAAGAAGAUGAAUUAAAUCAAUGGAAUCAAAAUGAUAGUACCAGUGGAAGAAAUCAUUCGUCAUCAUCAUCACGACAUUCAUUAUUUGGACGCUUAUCGAAUUGGUGGUCUUCAAGAAGUAACAACAAUUCUCUGAGUACAAAUACCCAUCAAGCACAAUCGCCGCAACUUCAUGAAGAAAAUAACAAUCAUGAACAAAGGCCACAACAAUUGCUGCAAGAUGAAAAUUUUCAAACGGAUGAUUUAUUGAAUCCCGAUAGUUUGAAUGCCAUUUCGAGAAGAAGGACCAUGAGGAUCAUAGUUUUAAUUGGUCUUGUAACUGCCAUUAUUCUAGCUCAUGCAAUCAUAAUGUUUGUGGUCAUGAUAGCCUCCAAACAGAGCACAACGCAAGAUGGUGGAGAAAAUUCUAAUAGUGGAGAAAAUAGUGGCGAAACAAGUGACACCCGUCGCGUUUUUAUGUAUUUUCUAACUGUACCAAAUGCAAUCAUUUUGUCAUGCUUGUUAUGUUGCUGUGGAUGCCUUUGUGCAAAGAGAAUGUUUACCCUUUAUUUAAAUUAUAGUUCAUCUUCAUUUGCCAGAAGAAUGAAAGCUUAUUUAUUGAGACAUGGAUUAUUGCAAUACGAAGGAAGCAACGACGAGGACUUUUGGGAUCCAGAGGAAAUUUCUCAAAGAAAUCAAAGACUUUUACAAAUGCUUCAACAACGAGGAAUUGACAUUAGCUCAUUACGACUCAUGAUGAUUGACCGAGAUUUCAAUGAACAAGAUUACGAAACGCUCCUUCAAUUAGAACAAUACAAUCAACAACCAGCUGGUCUUUCAGAGAGUGCACUUGCACAACUGCCAGUUUUCAAAAUACCGCAGCUUGAUUCGUCACAUCCGCCACUCGUAGAAAAGUCAGAUGAAGAUUCCCAUCUGUAUGGUCAUGACGAUGAAAUUCUUCUUCGUAAUCCAGCAUCUUCUUCCCCAAACACAGCGACAACAACAACACCCAACAAUUCUUCUGCAACUCCAACUCAAAAUUCUGGACAUACAUUAGAUUCAUCAAUACCCGAAUGCUCAGAAACAUUGGCUAGAGAACUUCUCGACGAGACCUGUUGCAUUUGUUUGAGCAAGUAUGAACAAGGUGAAGUGGUUUGUACAUUACCAACAUGUCUUCAUAGAUAUCACAGAGAUUGCGUUCAUCAAGCUUUACGAAUGAGAAAUCAAUGUCCAAUUUGUAAAACAGCCAUUUAA